UAUAAAAGGCGGACCGCGCCCCUCCAACGCAGUCCCGGGGUUCUGUGGGGGGCGCUCCGGACCGGUGUGGGACGGUGAGUUAGCACUCUGACUCAGGCGUCCAGGGCAGAAAGAGGCUGAGCUCGGCGGAUGAUGAUGGCGACCUUAGCGGAGAGGGCGGAUGCCCACUUUACUAGUGAUGCUCUUCCAACUUCCAGCUCUUCUUCUUCGCACCAGUUUCUUGACAAAAAAUUUUACCUGCUUGUGGUCAUCGGGGAGAUCGUUUCAGAAGAAAACCUCAAGUGUGUGGCUGAAGACGUUGGAAAAGGGAUUCGUUCGUGGGACAUAGACCUUCUGGACUGCGACUUGGACCAGGAACUCAAACUUUUUGUUUCACGACACACUGCGAAGUUCUCAUCAGUUGUAAAAGGGCAGAAGACUUUACACCACAAAAGUAAUGUUCUGGAAACAGUGGUACUCAUCAACCCCGUAGAUGAGACUGUCAGCACUGAGGUUCGAAUGAUGGUAUCAGAUAACGCCAGACAUAAAUUGCUGGUGCUUUCGGGGCAAUAUUACAAAAACACUGGAGGACUUGUUCUUCAGUCUGGCUCCUUCUCAUUCCACAAUUUCAUUGACAUCUUUACAGAUCAAGAAAUUGGUGAGCUACUUAGCACUAUACAUCCAGACAACAGAGCAAGCCUCACCAUAUUCUGUACAGAGGAAGGCAGCUGGAAAUGGUCAAAUCUGGAAGAACAUAAUCUCCAGGACUUCAUUGAUGUGAAGCUAAAAUCUGAUGUGGCAUUACCAGAAAUGGAAGGCCUGUCAGAAUUCACAGAGUAUGUAAUGGAGACCAUGGCUGUCCCCUCACCAUUCAACUUGCUUGAACCUCCCAGUUCUGGAGGGUUUCUUAAGCUCUCAAAGCCAUGCUGCUAUAUCUUUCCAGGUGGAUGUGGAGACUCAACCCUGUUUGCAGUUAAUGGAUUCAAUAUGCUAAUUAAUGGGGGAUCAGAGCGCAAAUCCUGCUUCUGGAAACUAAUUAGACAUUUGGACAGGGUUGAUUCCAUUUUGCUCACUCACAUUGGAGAUGACAACCUACCUGGUAUCAACAGUUUUCUUCAGCGGAAAAUAAUGGAGCAGGAGGUGAAUUCGUCACAGGGCUCUUUGGGUAACGGCUGUUCGGCAAAAAAUCUUAUUUCACCUGACCUAGGGGUUGUGUUCUUAAAUGUUCCUGACAACCUCGUAGAUUCCAAACCCAACCACAAGGUGAGGGGCAAGAUUGAGGAAACAUCAUUACUACUGGAGUAUUUGAACAAACUGUCCAUAAAACCAGAACCCCUUAAUCGGCCUGCUGGAAAUUCUGUGGAACCCAUUGUAUUAUUCCAAAAAAUGGGUGUGGGAAGGUUGGAGAUGUAUGUGCUAAAUCCAGUUGAAAACAGCAAAGAUCUACAAUACUUCAUGAAACAAUGGACUGGUAAUGAGCAAGACUCUGUGCCCCUCCCAGACACAAAGGAAUCUGACAUUCCAUUGUCUUAUUUAAUGUCAAUCUCAUCAUUGGUUGUAUGGCACCCUGCAGCACCUUCUGAAAAAAUAGUUCGUGUUUUGUUUCCUGGAAAUGCUACACAGCAAAGCAUAUUGGAGGGUUUGGAGGCAGUCAAGGAUUUAAAUUUCUUGAAACAGCCAGUGGUUACUCAGACAGAGUUGUCGUCAAUACUGACACCUGUAACCAAAGAAUCUAAAUGCAAAACAGAGAGCAAAGAAAAUCUUAAGUCCACAUCAAGGCAAUCAGCUUCCCAUGGACUGAGGACACAGUCAAAGGAUGAGACUGUGGAAAAGGCAAAAACAGGUGAUACAGAAUCUCUUCCUGACAAGACAAAGUCUGAGAUUAAAGGGAAAUCAUCUAUGAAAAAAGACAAGGCUAAAAUCCAAGCCUCAGAGAGUCAAAAUGAAGCAAAAUUACAAGCUGAUACUGAAUUACAAGGGCAGGAGAAAUCUGACAUCAAGUCAAAACCACUUACAGAACAUACAAAAGAAGUUAAGAAGGAUGAAAAGAGUAAAAAAGAUGAAACAAUUAAAAAGGAAGAAAUUAAAAAAGAAACUAAAAAGGACAUUAAAAGGGAUUUGAGGAAAGAUUCUAUACUUAGGGAGGCAAAGAGGGAAGAAAAGAAAGAGCUGAAGAGGUCAGAGAAGGAUUUGAAAAAGGAAGUAAGAAAGCCCACUAGGGAUCUUAAAAAACCCUCUCCUAUCCCAGGAGAUGCUAAAAAGCCUGUAUCAAAACCAAAAAUUCCAAAGAAAGAGGAAUCACCUAAGAGGGAUGCUCCAAGCCCUGGAAAAGUGAAGGAAAAGAAGCUGAAGGCCACCAAAAUAGACUCUAAAUUUAGCAAAGCUAAGCCUAAUGAUGUGUGUGCUGAAGUAAUGGUAGAGUCGCUAGAUGUUGCAGCUGCUGAGGUUUUUGAGUCUGAAAUGUCAUUUAUGUCUUCUCCAGAGGAUCUCACAAAGGAAUUUGAAGAGCUUAAGGCCAAAGGCAUAGAGGGUUAUAUUGCAAAUGUCAUUCAGUCUAAUCAGGAGCUUGAAGCACUGAAGGUUUUUACACCACAUGAAGGAGCCAUGCUUUGUAAUGCACUACCAGAGAUGCUGGAACUUGUUGAAACUGUACCUGAGAUAACCAAAGAAGGUAAAAGCGAAAGUCUAGACACCACAGAUAACCUUACAUCAGAGAGAAGAAUCAAGAUUAGUGUUGCUGAGAGAUCUGAAGAUGAAGGUGAUGGCUUAGUUCAGUUAUCUGAAGACACCAGUAGCCAGGAGAACAUGGAGGUAAAGAAAGUUGAGUUGCACAGUACAGAAAAGUGUGAAGAUGAAGAACAAGACCAAGUUUCAGUAGACACAAAGAAAGAAGUUGAAGAAAAAUAUUAUCAGGAAAUGAUGAAAGAACCUAGUAAGACUGAUAAAGAAAGAACAUCAGGAAUCAAAACAGAUACUAACAAACCAAGUACAUUUAUUAUUUCUGCCAGUCAGCCACCUACAGCUGAGCAAGCAAUCUCUCAGUUUGUUGUACUUUCCAAUGAAGAAUAUUCCCCUGAGGCAUUAGUCAGCCUUCAGUCUUCAUCUGAUAUUUACAGUGUGCCAGGAACUAUUCAUAUGCCUAUAUCAGAAAUGAGCAUUGAAACUACCUGGAAUGAAAAAAUGAGUCCUUCCAAUGAGUUUUCCAAGCCAGGAAGGACUGUGCCACCUAGCGGUUGUGAUGAAAAACAUUCCUCGCUACUCACUGAAAGCCCAAAAUCAAACCUUUCAAAACUAUCUAUCACAGAAGGUCAUGAGUAUCACCUGUCAGCUGGCACUUUAUCACCACCAUCAUCAUUUGAGGAAGACAAAUCCUGUAAGCAAUUUCCUACUGAAGUGGAUGAAGCAAAAGACCAAGACUCUCGGACUCUCAAGCUAAUUUCAGACAUAUCAAACAAACCAACUCAUGAUAAAACAAGUCCUUGCUCGGCUUCUGGUUCAUCACUCCCAAAGACUCCUACCAGUGACAGCAGCUCAAAGUAUGACCUGACACCGACUACUAUUCCAGUUCCAUUUGAGCCACAAAUAGCCCCCUCUGGAGGUCUGGUUGAGCCUUCAGAUAGUCCAGAUAAUGUAAUGACUGAACUGUAUCCAUCUCAGUUUAUGCUUGGAAGUUCAGACUUCCAAGGCAGUAGUGAGGCCAUAGAACAAACUAAGAAUCUUAAUAUAUUGGAUAUUACAGUUAGCAAAAAUGAUUUCAGUCAAAAUGUAAUUUCUGAGUCUGUAUCACAAGAAAGAACACAGUCUCCACUUUGUAGCCCUCCACCGCUGGAAUCUGUGUCUCCAUCAGAUGGGUCUCCAGAUCCAGGUAAAUUAUCACUUUCUGAGCUCAGUCAGUUUUCAGCAGAAGCAAGUCAAGAUGGCAAGAAGAUGUCAUUGCCUUCAAGUCCACCCGGAGAUGUUCAGUCAGACUCAUUUUCUCCUUGUCAUGCUAAACAGGCUUCCCUAGACCCGUCAGCUCUGGCUAAAGGGAGUUGCAGUGCUGGCCAUACUUUGGAUGAUCUAUCAGAUGGCUCAGUGAAAGCUUCAAAAGAUCUGUCUGAGUUACCAGUGGAUUCCACUGCAGCUGGAGCAUUAAAAGAAGAAAGUACAAAGUCAGUAUCAGAAGGAACUGUGUCCGAAAAGUUAAUCACUCCUGAAAAUGAUGAUCUUGUGGAAGAUAAGUUCUCCCAAGACUUUACUUAUUCUUUGCCAGAGAGAACUUCAGAUGAUCUUUCUCCAGCAUUGCCUCCCGAGUUUGGCUCCAUACAACCCACAGAAGUACACAUCUCUGCUUCAGUGUCUAUUGACCAGGACAUAACUCUUGAGGAAAUAAGGAUACCCCCACCUGAACAAGAAUUGACCAUAUUAAGUCCUCCAGAUUUGUUGUCUCAAAGUGCUCAUUGUGGAGAACAAGUACAGGAGUCUUCAGUGGAAUUUGGUAAAAAGUAUGCUGGAGAACAAGUACAGGAGUCUUCAGUGGAAUUUGGUAAAAAGUAUGUUGAUGAUUCUAUAAACAUUGAGUCUCCAGACCUGGCAGUUGUUACACCAAAGAUGGGUUUUGCUAAGAACGUCCCCACAGAGAUGGAUUGUGGCAUGUCAUUUAGUCCUGGAAACUUUGUGGACCAAGAAGUUAUAAAAACAAUGAAAGAACAAAAGAUGUCACCUUCUCCCAUCAAGGAAAUUCCCCCCUUCUCAGCAUCUUCCCAGUCUGGUUUCUCAGAAAAUACCAGUUUGACAUCUGAGGGUAAUGAAACCAGAGACUCCACUUGGCAGUGUAAAAUGCCAGUCGUUCCCAAGCUCUCACCGUCUGCAUAUGUGCCACUAACUUCUGACUUCUCCAAUUUUCAAGACAAGUUUGGCACUCCUACCCUGACAUCUUCAACAGGGGACUCCCUUUUGUAUGAAUCUCUCUUUCCUCACUGUAAAGAAUUGCAGAGCAGUAAUUUGGAAAGUCAGACAUCUCCUGUGGACUCUGAUGGUUCUCACUAUGAUCAAAAGGAUAACACUCUGCAUUCUAGACCUGAUGUUGACUUGAGUUUGGAUAGCACAUGUGCAUACCUGCAUCCUAAAGAAGAGAUUUCGCCAUCUUUCAUAAACCCAAAUCCCCUGGACUUUUUAGUUGCUGAUUCUAGUGCAGACACUGAAGGUGAUUCUGAAUCAUCUUCAGUAGAAGACAAAUCUCUAAAAAACAAGUAUCCAGAUCCUCCUCCAGUCACAUUCCGUGACAGUCCUCCCACUCCACCUCAACCAGAUGUCUGCAUGGUUGAUCCAGAGACUUUUGCUGACCAUCAGAGUCCAGCAAAGAAAGCAUCUAAAGAGAAGAUUGCGAAGAAAACCCCAGGAAGUAAGAUGAAAAGUUCUUCACCAGCAGGAAAGGGAAGGGUAGAAACCACUGCCAAAGGCUCUUUAGACAAAAUAUCUAUGUCUCCAAAAAAGACUGCAUCUCCAAAAAAGAAAGAUAUUUCAGGACCCAAGGAGAGCACUGCUGUGAAUGAAAGAGGAGGGAAAGAUGCAAAAAAUGCAACUAAUAUUAGUGCCUCUAGGAAUGCCAAAUCUGCUACAACAGGUCAUAGCAACAGUAAAUCGAUAACUGGAGAGUGUGUGGGGAAUAAUUCUCCUGUAUAUCUGGAUCUGGUAUACAUUCCCAACCAUGGCAAUGCUAAAAAUGUCGACACUGAGUUCUUCAAGCAAGUGAGAUCAUCCUAUUAUGUUCUGAGUGGGAAUGACCCAGUGGCCCAGGAACCCUGUAAAGCUGUUCUGAACUCCCUUUUGGAAGGAAAGUCUCACUGGGAAAAUAACAUACAGGUGACUCUGAUACCAACUCACGACUCUGAUGUCAUGAAGGAGUGGUACCAGGAGACUCAUGAGAAGCAGCAAAGCCUCAAUAUGAUUGUGCUUGCAAGCAGCAGUACUGUGGUCAUGCAGGAUGAGUCUUUUCCUGCCUGCAAAAUUGAAUUCUGAUCCCAAAUUCUGGCUAUAUACUUACUUAUCUUCAGAAUAUGCAUAUGAAUAGGAAAGUGAAUAUUCAGUUGUACCUCAUGUUACGAACAUGCAAGUGAGAAAUUUUCAAAGAACAUUUUCCAGUUUAUUUUAAAUUGCAUUUUUUUUCUCUGUUCUGUUUUCUAAUAUUUCCCUGUUGCAGUGCAAAAAAUAGCCUGCCUUUCCACUCAUUGCCAUUAGUCAGCAAUAAAAUGCACUCAGAUAGAAACUCAAUACAAUAGAAACUGUAGGGGGAGCGGUAACAGGAAGCUAUACCGACCGAUUUCAGUCAUAAUAUUUUUUUUUUCUUAAAUUCAUUAUUGCUUUAUCCAAGACUUUUACAGAAAUUAGCUAGUGAAUAAUAAAUGGUACAUACUUUAUUUAUUGCAAACUGAAAGUAACCAGAUGAUGACAAACAUUUGUGAUAUCAGUUGCUUCCUUGUGACUGGUUUCCCCAGGAACACUGCACUCUCUUGUGUGUAUAAAGCAGAACACAUUGAACAACAUAUUAUGAAGAUGACAUAUUCUUGUUUUUAUUCAUACUAAAGCAAUCAACUUUAACAUUGAUUCAUAUUAAUGAAAGAUUACAAAAUAAACAGGCAUCUCAUCAAUGUUGUAUCCUCCCUCAGACUCAAUUUUUCCAGGUUACAAGAAGACUAAGAGCCUGCAUUAUAUGAGCUAUUUAUGGAAAUAGAGUAAGUAAAUAAAAGUCUUGCAGUAAAUUUUUUGUUAAUUUUAGCUCCAUUCAAUGUUUUUCACAGAAUCUGACCUGUUCAAGGGAUUAAGUGAUAUUAUUAAGGUUUUAUAGAUUAUGAUGAUUAGUGGAGGUUUCAGGUCCCAUUUGUGUUCGUAAAUUGAGGUACAAGUGAGUGUAUUGGCAGUAUUAUUUGAAAUUAUGUGUCAAACCAAUGUGCUAAUGUGUCAAAUGUACUAAAAAAUGUGGCAAAAGUUGCAUUGACACCCCUUAUUAUCUCCCAAACAGCUCUCAGAAUAAUUGACAUUACAGCGAGUUACAGUGUCAGCAAAAAAGAGGACUUAAUUUGCUAAAACGGACCCUGAAAGGCUUAGAAAGUAAGGUAUAUGCUAAAGACACAUACAUUAAUAAAGAACAAAAUGAAUAUUUCACUUAUCAAGCAGUGAAGUAUCGGAGAUGAGUGAGUUUACAUGUUUACUUUAUUUGUGGUGCUCCUGAGUUGCAAGAUAAGGUUGGUAACUUGAUUACAUGUGUUCAUUACUCAGUGCACUGUUUUAUUAUUUUCUUGGAUAUUGGACAUAAUAAAAACAUAUAGUAAUUUAAUAAAGGUAGAUGAUUAGUUAGAAGUGGUUAGUUGAGAUUUAACUGUCCUUUAUCUAGAUUUUGUUGUAUUUUAACAAUAAUCAUGUGGCAUUACUAACUGCAGUUAUUGAAAGAACAGAAAUUUAAUACAAAAAUGUUAAGCUUAAUUAUCAUUCCCAAUAGAGUUUAUUUUUAUCUUUUAUUAUAAACAAAGGUCUAUUAACAGGUUUAUUCAGCCAUGCUAUAAUAAUUUUUAUCAUACAGGUUUAUGUUAGAAUGGGACCAGUUUAAUGCAGCGUACUGAAAAAUUUACAAUGUUACAGCAGAUAGCUUGAGGAUACUGUCAUCUUAAGUACUGAAAGUACAGGACCACUGAGAAAGUAUCUUUUAAACUAGUUUUUCAGCUGUGUUUUUUUUUUAUUCAUGGAACUGUUUUGGGUCCUUGGAAACCUUAAAAUCUGGAAAAAAUCUACAAUUUAGAAAGGCUAUAAUCAAAUACUAGUUUUUCCACCC